CAAGUGCUGAGCGCUGACCGUUGUUACGAGCCAGUGACGGCCAUGUUCGCCCUAGCGAUCAACCUCGUCUUGCUCGUCGCCUUCACAGAGAUCGUCAACGGCGUUGGUCAGGGCAGAGUAGCCGACUUUCUCUAUGCGAUCUACCUCAAGAUCACCCGGUCACCCCUCGGGCGGCGGCAAUCUUUACUCAAGAAGGAGAUCAUGGCAAACAAGGCGGAGCUGAGUGCGACGAGUGCUCAAGAUCAGUUUGCCAAGUGGGCCAAGCUACGUCGCAAGCUCGACAAGGGCGUGUCUGACCUCGAGAAGCUCAACGAGAGCCUGGCUGCGCAGCGCUCGAGCUUCAACUUGGGGCUCAAGUCGAUACUAUGGGUGCUCGGCACCGCGAUGCCCUUCAUCUACACGAGCUACCAUUCCAAAUCGCCGGUCUUCUUCCUACCACAAGGGUGGUUCGGCCCUUCUGAACGGGUCUUCGGCUUGCCCUUUGCACCAAGAGGGGCUGUGUCCUGCGCCGUCUGGCUUAUGAUGCUCAGGAGGACACUAGGCAGCGUCCGCCGAGUCACGACAGACUGUCUCGAGGGUCUUGCUGAGCCGCCAAGGGUUCCCCUCGCCGUACCGGCAGACGUCCCUGCCGACGUGCCGGUACGCGGACAAGCAAGCAGCCGCGACAAGAAAGAGUUAUGAUUUGUACACUCAAUGUAUGUAUGAGCGAGCCAAAACAAGGGUCAGGCUGCAAUUGGGAUAAGAGAGAAACAGAAACUCUUUCUUGACAUCUUUGGGUGUCUUUCGUAAGGUCGAUCGCCUCUCUAUCUGACUCAACACCAUGCAACUCCAUCCCGUCCUUAGCGCGUGCCCUUUGCUUUCUUGCAGAAUUGUAGAAAGCGCGAGCA